UUCGCUUGUGGCUAGUCGCACUGUCGGCAGGUGGAGUCUCUUCUUGGUGCGCACUGAUUAACCGCCCACUAUCCUUGCCGAGGAUAAAAAUGUGACAAGAUUCAUUUUCAGCAUCAAACCCUGCUGUUGUAACAUUCUAGAUAUGACUAGCUCCAACAAAUCCGCUGUGGACAUUGCGCACGUCUACAGGGGGACGUUUGUGCACUCCACCGAUCACACAGUCGUGGAAAUUCUGGAGGAUAGGCUUCUGGGAGUGGACACAGAGGGGAAGAUUGCCUUCAUUGGGAGUGGGCAGGAAGUCGGCAGUCUGUCACAGAAGUGGGGGUUUGAGGCCUUGGCUGUUACACAGCUUGGACAGUAUGAGUUCUUCAUGCCAGGGAUGGUGGACACCCACAUCCACGCGUCUCAGUACAGCUAUGCAGGCACUGCCCUGGACCUGCCCCUGCUACAGUGGCUCAACACGUACACCUUCCCAGUGGAGGCCUGCUACAAAGACUUGGCGUUCGCCCGCAACGUCUACACCCAUGUCGUGAAAAGAACCCUGAGAAACGGUACCACUACGGCUUGUUACUUUGCCACCAUACACACUGACGCUUCUCUCCUGCUGGGCCAAAUCGCAAAUGAUUUUGGACAGCGUGCCCUUGUGGGCAAGGUGUGUAUGGAUACAAACAACUUUGUCCCACAUUACAGAGAGACGCCAGACGAGUCCCAUGACGAAACCAACAGGUUCAUUAGUGAGAUGUUGAAGAAGAAGUACCCCCUUGUAAUGCCAGUGGUGACCCCGCGCUUCGCCCUGUCUUGCUCUGCUGCCCUGCUGGGUCACCUGGGAGAGAUCGCCAAGAAUAACCACCUGCACAUCCAGAGUCACAUCAGUGAGACGAAGGAGGAGGUGAAGCUGGUGAAGGAACUGUUCCCAGACUAUGACUCCUACACAGACGUCUACCACAAACACAACCUUCUCACUGACAAGACUGUGAUGGCUCACGGUUGUCACCUAACCGAUGAAGAGCUGAAGCUGUUCAGAGAGAAAGGGGCGUCCGUCGCUCACUGUCCCAAUUCCAACAUCUCGUUGUGCAGUGGUAUGCUAGAUGCCCGCAGGGUUCUGAACCACAAAGUAAAGCUGGGGCUGGGCACAGAUGUGGCAGGAGGCUACUCUCCCUCUAUGCUGGAUGCUGUGCGGAGAACAUUGGAUACCUCUAAAGCCUUGACCAUCCAGGACCCCCAGUACCAAACGCUCACCUUCGAGGAGGUCUUCAGACUGGCCACACUGGGAGGCAGCCAAGCCCUGUCCCUGGAUGAGCAUACGGGAAACUUUCAGGUAGGGAAAGACUUUGAUGCUCUGCGGGUGAACACGGCCAUAGCAGGAGGACCCAUUGAUCUCAUCAACCACGGAGAGGGGCCUAAGGUGCUCCUGGAGAAGUUCUUGAAUUUGGGGGAUGAUCGGAACAUUGCUGAGGUGUACGUGGCAGGGAAGAGAGUGGUCCCAUUCGUGGAAACAACAUAGACAUAGGUUUGGUUGCUGGAUUGUUGUCAUCUUGUUACCAUCUGUCUGAACCCUCUACCAGUUUACCUGACUGCUGUUGUAACAGGACAGGAGGUGAUUAGGAAAAUGUAUUCAACGAGAGGGAUUAUUACUGUAUAUACAGUGUGUGUGUUUUCAAUCAUCUAGUGUAAUUAGAUACUGUUAAAUUCAAUGGAUGAUAUUGCUGCUCAUCGUGAAGUUCAGAGUGAAUCCUAUGUUGUCAUACUUAUGUCGUAACCCAAAGAACAUCAUUGUCUGUUGUUUUUGUUAUUUCAAAGUUGAGGGAAAUGUGUGUGUUUAUGAAUGUAGGUUUAUUCAAUUCAAGUAACUUUUAUUUCCUGAGAGGGACCUUCAUCUAUGGUGAAGGCUUGAUAUUAACAAGAUAUAUAACAACACAGCAACAUAGAACACGAAAACAUGUGCGGUAUAAUAGAUUAGAUGCAAUCAUAGGCCAUAUACAAACACAAAUAAAAAUGUCAAGGGUUGAAGAGUUUGAUGGAUGAUGGCACAAAACUAGAAGCUGCUCUCUUAGACUUUGUAUGCCAGAGAUCUAUGUAUCUCUGCGCCAGGAGGGAAAGGGAGUUGUACUGGUCCAAGAUUUAUCUCCGUGUGUAAGGUCCAAAGCUAUUUGUUCCCCCUAUUAGCUUUGCAUUUGUCCGGAUUUUACAGCAUCCUUGACUUCGUCUCGGGCCUAACAACACAAGUGCCAAUAUAUCCUCCAAACACCGGUUUCUCUGGCAUUAUCACUUAACGGUCAUUAUUCUGCAACUGCUGUUCCACGCUACAGUGCUGAGUUUAGCAAAAAAGGCUACAGAGUAUCUGCAUGAUUUUAAGUGAAAAUGUGUCUCUUUUGUUUGUAACGCAUUUCGAGAGUUUUCACACCUGGAGGCAAAGGUUUUAACACAUUAUUGAUAGUGGCUCCAGGAUAAAGUGUAGGGUUAUAUGAAAAUAUAGAGGCUGAACACUGCAAACAGCAUAGCUUUAAAAUGAUUUUGUUCAAGCAAACAUUCCUCCAAGCCAGAUAUUUUCCCCGUCUCACUCACACACAGAUCUACUGCACUGUAGACCCAUCUGUGUGUGACAGAUGACAAGCUAGAAGUGACCAUGUCCAUUUGACAGCCUACCAUAGCACAAUGUGGGAUGUCUGUCAUAGACAGGUCCACUAUAAAGACUACAGAGAUUCGAGUUUCUGGUCCACAGCAAACACAUCCCAUUAUUUAUCAGAAUUGUCAGCUGUGUUUAAUUUGAGCCGGAUACUGCUGGAACAGGAGUACCUUCCUUCUUCAAGAGGUCACCAAUGAACCUAGAGCAACACACAAAACCGUUUUGGGACUGUUUCGUUCUGGAACCUAUUUGGCUGGAUCGCAAUAAUUAAAAUACAAAAUGUCAAAGUAGCCUGUCAUUACGAUCAUUUAUGCGGAAUUAAAACAGAUUCUGCCAAAGUCUCCAGUUGUGUAAAAUGACUGAGGUAAAGUUUCAAGUUGGAUAUUCGACAGAUAUUCGCGCUUUCAAACCUCAAUAGCUUUCAAACCACUUGAGCCACCGAUUCAAAAUAAGUGUCAUGAUGUUGGAAAAAUUGCACACAUUGCGCAGGUCUUAUUUUCACGAUUUGGCCAUUUUAAUCCGUUUUCCAAAGCUAAAAAAAAAACACGGAAAUGUGAGCAGGAUUUUGUAUUCCUAGUUUACAUUUGAAUUUCAAUAGCUCCUUGGUCAUGUGACCUACUUGACUCAAACAAGGUUCAGAUUGUCCACUGACUACCCUUCUAUAUUGCACACCCUUUGGUUGGUUCAUUUUCAUCUCACACGUGGACAUUCUGAAGUUCGUUUGAGUCCAGUAGGUCACAUGACCAAGGAGCUAUUGAAGUUUUAAAUUCUGAAAACUUCAUGUAAAAUCGAGUGAGAUGAAAUUGGACAAACUAAAGGGUGUGUGAUGUGUAGGCCCACUGAGUGUACAUUCUGAACCUUGUUUGAAGUCAUGAUCAAAGAGCUAUUGAAAUGUUAAAUGUUAAAAUUCACGAUGAGCAGCAUUGCACACCCUUUAGUUUGUCCAUUUUCAUCUCACUUGAUUUUACAUUAAUUUUUCAGAAUUUAAAACUUCAAUAGCUCCUUGGUCAUGUGACCUACUGGACUCAAACGAACUUCAGAAUGUAUAUUGUAUAUUGCACACUCUUGUUUGUGUACUGUAAAAUCACGCAGUGUAACGUACAUUUUUCAUAGUUUUACAUUUCAAUAGCUCCUUGGUCAUGUCAAUUACACACCUAAGAAUUGUGCAGUGAGUAUACACCCAUAUCGCAUAACCUCUAGUCAUGUAUCUUCUAUAUUGUCAAUUAAUAUUAGUUUGACAAUUAGGGGGUUCAGUCCAGUGUUGUGUUUACCCUUUUAUUUAAUAUCUAUCUAUAAUAAUUGGUAGUUCUAAGUACUUAUUUUCCCAGUUUUUUAUUUUGCCGCAGUAUUUAACAGCGGUACACAAUAGGAGAGAGACGGAUAAUAUCUAUUUAACAGCGGUACACAAUAGGAGAGAGACAGAUAAUAUCUCCUUUCAUCGUUAAUAUCAACCAUAAAGGAAAAUGGCAAAGUACGAGAGUCAUUGUCCAAAGCAGGGAUGGAGAGUGAGCUAUUGCGGUAGGCUGCACUGGGUUUGCUGGGCAAUACAUAUACUGAACAUGUAACCACAGUAAUGGUGGCCAGAAAAUCAAUGAAUAAAACAUGUUAUAUUGACAAAUUAAACAAAGUGUAGAUCUUUAAUCUUCUCCAACAUGUCAAGAGACACUUUACUUCACAUAAGUACAAAACAUUUCACAGUGUUAACUGUCUCUUUAUCCCUGGUUGAUGUACAUUUCAGAGCCUCUUCAGUGUGGAUGGGGUAUAGCAUAUAUUUUCAACAAUAAAGACUGCACUGACAGUUUGUGUUGUUUACUCUGUUGAACUCUUUUGUCUUCAUUCCUAGUUACAGCAUAUGGAACCACCGUUGGUAAGCAAAACAUUCAAUCUAAAACAAAACAAAGUGUAACACGUUAUAAAUAAUGUCAAAUAUCAAUGCAGUACGACGAAUGACGAAUUAGCCAUCCAUUGUAUUAUAUCAUAAAUUGUCUUACAUGCCAUCACCGUUGUCAGAAACAUGUUAAAUAAAGUUACUAACCCAGUCAGUCUGAGCCACAUCCAGGUUUUUUU